AUGGCGUAUACAGAGUCCACAUUAUUGGAAACAGUGGUCGGCUCUGGCAAGAGUACCCUCGGGAAAGAACUCAGCAGCCUCCUCGGGCUUCCUCACAUUCCCCUCGACUCACUGUUCUGGAAACCAGGAUGGACGCGAUCCACCAACGAAGAGUUCUGCCAGCGAAUCCGCGAGGCGCUAGAUAGCUCUCCGGGAGGCUGGAUCGUCGAUGGGAACUACACCAGUAUGGGUGCGGGCUUCGUUACGGGGGAGGCAAACAAUGUAAUAUGGAUGGACCCCCCGCUUCUGCUGUAUUUCCCUCGCGUGAUGUGGAGGACAUUCUUGCGUUUGCUGAGGCUGCGCGAGCCGUGCAGUCCUGGGUGCGCAGAGCGCCCUGCGGAGGUGUUCUUCUCUAAGGAGAGUAUCUUGUGGUGGUGCCUCACCAAUCAUUUCAGGUUCAAAAGGAAAACUCAAGGCUGGAUGGCCGAUCCUUCGUUCGCGAGGAAGACGGUCCACCUUGCGGGAUGGGGAUCGGAAUAUAGGCGAUGGUGGUCGUCGGUGGUUAGUAUGGUGAAGGGCCACGCCAAAAGUACCUGA